CUGCUGUCCGGCUGGCUUGAGGGGCUCCGGGGCCCGACCUGCGGAGGGCAGCGCGAGUCCGGCGGCGGGCCUUGGCCAUGCCGUCCCGGGUGGAGGACUACGACGUGCUGUACACCAUCGGCACGGGCUCCUAUGGCCGCUGCCAGAAGGUCCGUAGGAAGAGCGACGGCAAGAUAUUGGUCUGGAAAGAGCUUGACUAUGGCUCCAUGACAGAAGCUGAGAAACAGAUGCUGGUUUCGGAAGUAAAUCUGCUGCGUGAGCUCAAACACCCCAACAUCGUGCGCUACUACGAUCGCAUCAUCGACCGGAGCAACACGACACUCUACAUUGUCAUGGAAUAUUGUGAAGGGGGGGACCUGGCCAGCGUCAUUGCAAAGGGAACCAAGGAGAGACAGUACUUAGAGGAAGACUUUGUUCUUCGGGUGAUGACGCAGUUGACGCUGGCCCUGAAGGAGUGUCACCGGCGAAGUGACGGUGGCCACACGGUGCUGCAUCGGGACCUGAAGCCAGCCAACGUGUUCCUGGAUGGCAAGCAGAACGUUAAGCUUGGAGACUUCGGGCUGGCCAGGAUCUUAAACCAUGAUACGAGCUUUGCAAAGACUUUUGUGGGGACACCUUAUUACAUGUCACCUGAACAGAUAAAUCGCAUGUCAUACAAUGAGAAGUCAGACAUCUGGUCCCUGGGCUGUCUGCUGUAUGAGCUGUGCGCACUGAUGCCUCCAUUUACAGCUUUCAACCAAAAAGAACUAGCUGGAAAGAUCAGGGAAGGCAAAUUCAGGCGGAUUCCAUACCGUUACUCAGAUGAAUUGAAUGAUAUUAUCACGAGGAUGCUAAAUCUGAAGGAUUACCAGCGGCCUUCAGUGGAGGAAAUCCUCGAGAGCCCUUUGAUUACAGACUUGGUCGCAGAAGAGCAAAGGCGGACCCUGGAGAAAAGGAGGCGACGAUUAGGAGAGCCGGAGAAAGUACAGGACUCCAGCCCGGUCUUCAGUGAGCUGAAGCUAAAGGAGGUACAGCUGCAGGAGCGGGAGCGAGCCCUCAAAGCCAGAGAGGAGCAACUAGAGCAGAAGGAACGUGAGCUCUGUGUCCGGGAGAGGCUAGCGGAGGACAAGCUGGCCCGCGCGGAGAGCCUGGUCAAGAACUACAGCUGGCUAAGGGACCAGAAGCUCGUGUCCCUGGGGAGCCAUGCAGACCUCCUUGACCUUCCAUCCUCAGUCAUCAAGAAGAGAGUUCAUUUCGGUGGGGAAAGCAAAGAGAACAUCACAAGGAGCGAGAAUGCCGAGAGCCAUCUCACGUCCAAGUCCAAGUGCAAAGACUUGAAGAAAAGACUGCAUGCUGCCCAGCUGCGGGCCCAGGCUCUGGCGGAUAUCGAAAAAAAUUACCAGUUGAAGAGCCGGCAGAUCCUGGGCAUGCGCUAGCCUGGCGGGGCCCGUGGCUGCGUGCAGGUGCAG